UACUACGAAUUAAGCGACCAGGCCAAGCCAAAAGGCCAAAGUUUUUGAUAGUUUCGCCGCUGGUGUCCCAGUUGAGGCGUGCAAGGCUCGUGCUUCCGCCGAUCGAGAGGAUUCAUUAGCUCCAGCAUCUCCGGCUUCCAAUUCCAGUAUUCCAGAGAUCCAAGCUUAAAAAGCCUCGAAGCGUCUCUUGGUAGUUGGCUUAAUUUAACUGCUGCUGGCAUAGCUAGGGCCUAGGAGGAGUUGGAGGGAGCAAACAUGGCUGCUGCCGCCACUUCGACCAUGUCCCUGCUUCCUCCCGUCACCCAGCGCCGGUGGCACGCCGCCGACUCGGUGGUCGUCCUCGCCGGCCGCCGCAACGACUCACGGCGGCGCCGCCGAUACGUCGUCCCGAGGGCGAGGCUGUUCGGGCCGGCGAUCUUCGAGGCGUCGAAGCUGAAGGUGCUGUUCCUCGGGGUGGACGAGGAGAAGCACCCCGGGAAGCUGCCGCGGACGUACACGCUGACGCACAGCGACGUGACGGCGAGGCUCACGCUGGCGGUGUCGCACACCAUCAACCGGGCGCAGCUGCAGGGGUGGUACAACAAGUGGCAGCGCGACGAGGUGGUGGCCGAGUGGAGCAAGGUGCAGGGCCGCAUGUCGCUGCACGUCCACUGCCACAUCUCCGGCGGCCACGUCCUCCUCGACCUCAUCGCCGGCCUCCGCUACUACAUCUUCCGCAAGGAGCUCCCCGUGGUUCUGAAGGCGUUCGUCCACGGCGACGGCAACCUGUUCAGCCGGCACCCGGAGCUGGAGGAGGCCACGGUGUGGGUCUACUUCCACUCCAACCUCCCCCGCUUCAACCGCGUCGAGUGCUGGGGCCCACUCCGUGACGCCGAAGCGCCGGCCGAGGACGAUGAACACGACGCCGCCGCCGCCGCCGAGGAGGAGGCGGCGCACAUGCCCGUGGGCGAGUGGCCGCGGCGGUGCCCGGGGCAGUGCGACUGCUGCUUCCCGCCCUACAGCCUCAUCCCCUGGCCGCACCAGCACGACGUCGCCGCCGCCGCCGACGGCCAGCCGCAGCAGUGACGGCGCCGCCGCCGCCGACGACGACGACGCGCUGCCGCUAGCUACACUACACGGUUCGUAGAUUAGCGAAUUCGUUUGGUUGCCCAAGGUACACACUACAGGCGACGCUUGCACGCAUGCAAUGGCGCCAAAGACGCUGCUUGCUAGCUAGCUCUGCGUUCAAUUCUUUAAUUAUUCGUAGUAGCUUCUAGCUCAGCUCUGCAACUAUAUAGCUAGCACAUGCUUGAUAUAUAGUAAGCUUAGGGCAAUUGAGUGGUGAUGAUCUUGUAAAUAGAAGAACACUAGCAAGCAAACAUGCUGCAAAUCAUGGCAUCAUCUCUCAUCUUGGGGAAGAAUUGGGAGCGACGGACGGUGUAAAGUAGAUUUUACUGCAAAAUGGCAAUUAGAUGAAGGAAGACAGACAACAGGGACAGACGUUUCUGAAUACACUCUGUGUUGAUCAGGAUAGCUAGGAGUGGAUUUGUAUAGCGAAUUAGUAACUGAUAUGUGUGAAUUAAUGAAACGAUUGAUUUGAUUA